AUUUGUUCGAUCACCAUGUCUUAGAGCAGUUACAGGCAAUAAUUUAACUGUGUGACGUCAAAGUUUUUGAAUAUUCAUGAGCAGCUUGCCCCUCAAGAAGGUGUGUGAAGCACGAAGACUACGAAGACGAAGACGCGAUAAAAGCGUCGACCAAGUUUAAUUUCUUUUUAACAUCCAUGUAUUUGAUGAUAGAAUACUCCAACGUGGUUUGAUAACAUCUUAAAGGGAGCAUUGUUAUAAGGACGCAGUUUUCUUCACAAGAAUCCGAAAGGAUUGCAUUUGAAGUCGCCAUUUUUCACAAAGGAAAUUAUGCCAACGAUGGCUCAAAUCACGGACACGACAGGUACCGGUUUGUAUUUGCAUUUCUGGUAUUAUUAUUCAUUAUUUGUGCGUACUGCAAAACUAAAACAUGUAAAAUUGCUGAUGAAAACAUUUACCCCAGCUCCUGUCUAGGCUAGCAUGCGUUCAACCUAGGUCCUAUGAUAGAUUUAAUAUUGUUUGAUAAUUUUUGUUGGAUUACAUGCCCACCCGUUUUUAUGUUUGCAAAAUAAUGGAAAUGACGAACUGGAAGUUAAACAUGUGCAACCAGAUUUUGCUGCCUUGCUAAUCGAAAACCUUCAGCACUAGAUGUAGAACAUGGCCAUGGGAAGACCCGGAUAUGUUUGGCAGAACUGGCCCAUCAGGAAUACCAAGCAGGGGACUACGAUAAUUCAGAGCAGCACUGCAUGCAGCUAUGGAGACAGGAACCAGAUAACACUGGUGUUCUCCUUCUCCUCAGCUCCAUACACUUCCAGUGCAGGCGUCUAGAAAGGUCAGCCUACUUCAGUCAGCUGGCCAUUAAACAAAACCCCAUGCUAGCAGAGGCAUACUCCAAUCUCGGAAAUGUAUUCAAGGAACGAGGCCAGCUUCAGGAAGCACUAGAGAAUUACAGGCAUGCCGUCCGACUGAAGCCAGAUUUUAUUGAUGGUUAUAUCAACCUGGCAGCUGCCCUGGUAGCCGCUGGAGACAUGGAGCAGGCUGUGCAGGCUUACGUUACAGCUCUGCAGUAUAAUCCGGAUCUUUACUGUGUGCGGAGUGACCUAGGAAAUCUUCUCAAGGCUCUAGGAAGAUUGGAUGAAGCUAAGACAUGUUAUUUAAAAGCAAUUGAGACCCAGCCAAAUUUUGCUGUUGCAUGGAGUAACUUGGGAUGUGUUUUUAAUGCACAAGGAGAGAUUUGGCUAGCAAUUCAUCAUUUUGAAAAGGCUGUUGCACUUGAUCCAAACUUUUUAGAUGCAUAUAUAAAUUUGGGAAAUGUACUAAAGGAAGCCAGAAUAUUUGACAGAGCUGUGGCAGCCUACUUGAGAGCGUUAAACCUGAGUCCUAAUCAUGCUGUAGUGCAUGGAAACCUAGCCUGUGUGUACUACGAACAGGGAUUGAUUGACCUUGCCAUUGACACCUACAAACGAGCAAUAGAGUUACAACCCAACUUUCCCGAUGCCUACUGCAAUCUGGCUAAUGCACUCAAGGAAAAGGGCAAGGUGAUCGAGGCUGAAGAAUGUUAUAACACAGCACUGAAGCUGAGUCCAACACACGCAGACUCCUUAAAUAACCUAGCGAACAUUAAGAGAGAGCAGGGCAACACAGAAGAGGCGGUCCGACUCUACCUCAAGGCAUUAGAGGUGUAUCCAGAAUUUGCUGUAGCACAUUCCAAUCUUGCCAGUGUUUUACAACAACAGGGAAAAUUGCAUGAAGCCCUGAUGCAUUACAAGGAAGCAAUAAGAAUUUCUCCCACCUUUGCUGAUGCUUACUCCAACAUGGGGAACACCCUGAAGGAGAUGCAGGAUAUCCAGGGGGCACUGCAGUGCUACACCAGGGCCAUACAGAUCAACCCGGCCUUUGCUGAUGCCCACAGCAACUUGGCAUCAAUACACAAGGAUUCUGGAAAUAUCCCAGAAGCUAUAGCCUCGUACAGAACAGCACUGAAACUAAAGCCUGAUUUCCCAGAUGCCUACUGUAAUUUGGCGCAUUGUCUCCAGAUUGUAUGUGAUUGGACAGACUAUAGCUCUCGUAUGAAGCGCCUUGUCCACAUAGUGAAGGACCAGCUAGCCAAGAAUCGCCUGCCAUCAGUUCACCCACACCAUAGCAUGCUGUACCCACUGUCUCACAAGAUGAGGAAGGCUAUCGCUGCCAGGCAUGCCAAUCUCUGUUUGGAGAAGAUUAAUGUGUUGCACAAACCAACAUACGACCAUCCCAAGGAGCUGAAGGAACUCAAGGGACGACUUCGCAUUGGCUAUGUCAGUUCCGACUUCGGAAACCACCCUACCUCCCAUCUCAUGCAGAGUAUCCCGGGCUUUCACGACAGGGACAAUGUAGAGAUCUUCUGUUAUUCCCUGAGUCCUGAUGAUGGAACUACCUUCCGUGCAAAGAUCAACGUAGAGGCCGAGCACUGUAUAGACUUGUCACAGAUUCCAUGCAACGGCAAAGCUGCUGAUAGAAUUCACGCCGAUGGAAUCAAUGUUCUUGUGAACAUGAAUGGAUACACGAAGGGAGCCAGAAAUGAACUGUUCGCUCUCAGACCAGCUCCUAUUCAGGUGAUGUGGCUAGGCUACCCAGGAACAAGUGGAGCCACUUUCAUGGACUACAUCCUGACAGAUGAGGUGACCUCGCCCCUAAAUCUUGCUGAGCAAUACUCAGAAAAUCUGGCCUUUAUGGCCAACACCUUCUUCAUAGGAGACCACAUGCAGAUGUUUCCUCACCUCAAGGAGAAGAUUUUAGUCGAAGUGGAUGGGAAGGUGUCUGACAACAACAUCAUAUUGAAUGGGGUCAACCUGGAACCCCUCAAGCAGAGCGGUAUUCUCGAGACUAUUAUGUACACUGCUGAGCAUGGAGAGACCACAGACAACAAUGAUGGAAGCCCCGCCCAGGUGACCUUUGAAUACAUGUCCUUACCUGUACAACCGAUUCUGCAGACCAUGACACAAACAGGGCUGUCUCAUUCAUGUAUCAAUGAUGUCAUUGUCCAAAAUGGUGUUACCACCAACCAGACAAACAACAAGGCUGCUACAGGGGAAGAAAUCCCCCAGAACAUCAUCAUCAGCGCCCGGUCCCAGUAUGGCCUGCCCGAAGAUGCAGUGGUCUAUUGUAACUUUAACCAGCUUUACAAGAUUGACCCUCAGACCCUCCACAUGUGGAUUGAGAUUCUGAAACAGGUCCCUGAUGGUGUACUUUGGCUGCUGAGGUUCCCAGCUGUGGGAGAAACUAAUGUUCUACAGACGGCUGCCAAUGCUGGACUCUCCACAGGUCGCAUAAUCUUCUCCCCGGUAGCACCCAAGGAGGAGCAUGUAAGAAGAGGACAGUUAGCUGAUGUGUGCCUGGACACCCCGCUGUGUAAUGGACAUACUACAGGCAUGGAUGUACUCUGGGCAGGAACACCCAUGGUCACUCUCUUAGGCGAGACCCUUGCUUCGAGAGUGGCGUCUUCACAACUAAACACACUAGGAUGUCCGGAGCUCAUUGCCAAGACUAGUGAGGAUUACAUCAAAAUUGCAGUCAGACUGGGUGCAGAUAAGGAUUAUUUGAAGUCGAUGAGAGCCAAGGUGUGGAAAGCCAGAAUAACAAGCCCCCUGUUUAACUGCAAGACUUACGCCCGGAACAUGGAGGUGCUGUAUAGGAAGAUGUGGGAAAAAUAUGUUAAUGGAGAGGAUCCUAGUCACAUUGUGGACACUUCAAAGUUCAGGAAGACAUCAUGAUCUAUUGCCGAAGUAUUUGUCUCAUCAAAGUGAUCUGUGACUCUCCACGCCCAUAUGGAACUAUUUCAGUAACGUUGAAUUCCAAAUUUGGACUCGUCAAAUUGCCGUAUUAUAUGGUCGUUACACAAUAAGAACCACAUCUGGACUGAUCUGAGCGCCGUGUUUUAAAUUGCUGAUGUCUGGACCCAUCAUAGUACCGUGUUCUAAAUUACUAAUCCCAUCAUUUUACAUUGUGUACCGUGUGGAAUGUCGCAGCAAUGUGUUCUGAAUUCUGAUCCAAUCAUUUUACACUGCAUGUCGCAUGUGGAAUGUCAAAGCAACAUGUUCUAAAUUACUGAUCCAAUCAUUUUACACUGGUGCCACACAUGGACCUGUCAAAGCGCCCUGUUCUGAAUUACUGACAUCUGGGCUGAUAUUGUGAUUUUAUACUGAGAUGAUUAUUGUGCAAUGAAUACCAUACAUGUAUCUGGACCUAUCAAAACAAUCUUGUAACUUCCUGACAUGGAUCUGAAACAAGACCUCUAUUUUCCACAUACACAUUGUAUAAUGUAUAUAUAUGUCUCUUUAUGGGCAAUUUUCUGUAUAACUGGUGCAAAUAUUCAUGCAAUUUUAAAGCAUAGUGUAUUGUAUUCAAAGUGUGUUAUUUUUGGCAGUGCUAUGUGUAUGUGAUUAUAAAGAAAUAACUGUAUAUAUGGUCGAUGUUGAAUAUACUGAACAUCAUUCUUCACCAGGUUAACAAACACUUGUAACUAUGUAAAUUGCGAAUUUUAUUAUUGUGACCUGGUUUGGAUGCUUUAUCGCAUUUAUUUUCACCCUGUUGAUUGAUCUGUUCUAAAAAGCAGAUAGUUUUAUUUUCACCACAAUGUUUGAUCUGUUCUAAGAAGCGAAUCGUUUUCAGAUUUCUUGGCUUGUGUGUAUUUUAAAUUGAUGGUAAGUGGUUUGCAUGGAUUUUAGAGAUUAUGAUCCUAUUUAAUUUCUUUUUGAAAAUGUGUCAAUUGUGUUAAAUUAUUUUGAGUGAUUGAACAAGUGGGUUAGUGACAGUUGUGAAUAUAAAUGGACUUGGUGAAUGUGACAGAGUAAAUGUUGAACCUUCUGAUGUGAACAUGACCAGGCAGACCUUCACAGGGAUGUACCCGGUAUUCAUGGAAUGAUUUUAUGGAAUCUUUUGUUAAUGUCUGAUGGAAAUUAAAAAGUUUCAAGUGACA